UGCUGAGCCAUCAGAGCACAACAUAUAUAUCCUCUUUAAUUUUUCUGUCUCUGGGACUUACCGGUCUUCCACUUCUUCAUCUAAGUGUGCGUGAUACCAUCUUCUUCUUGAUAGGGUGAAGACACACUAAACCGCCACAAUGUCAGAAAAAAAGAUGACCUCCAGCCGCAGGCAUACUCUCAAGAGCCUGGUGCUCUCCAUUGCCUUCAAUUUGCUGGAGGCUGAAACCAAGCAGGCUGUGGUCGAUAAGGAGGCUUACAUGAGCGAGAACUGCCCUUCUCUGAAUCUGCCAGGAUCCACACAAGAACUGCAGGAACUGUGCAAGAAGCUGCACCAACAGAUCGACAAGGUUGAUGAGGAGAGAUAUGACAUGGAGGCCAAGGUUGCCAAGUCAAACAAAGAGAUCGAUGAUCUGAAGAUCAAGGUGGUCGACCUGAAGGGCAAGUUCAAGAAACCAGCGCUGAAGAAAGUACGUAUGUCUGCUGACCAGAUGCUUCAGGCUCUUCUGGGGUCCAAGCACAAGGUCUCUAUGGAUCUCAGAUCCAACCUGAAACAAGUCAAGAAGGAGGUCAAAGAGGAGAGCGCAGAACAGGUCGGUGACUGGCGUAAGAACAUUGAGGAUAAGGCUGGCAUGGGCGGCAGAAAGAAGAUGUUCGAGUCUGAGGCUUAAGACGUGUCAUGUUUAUUCUUCCAUAUGUCUUAAUAUUUCUCUGGCAAACAUCUCUCUGUCCUGUGAACUCCCCCGUUUAAAUAAAAGUUUUUUUCUUCUGGAAUAUUUUGCACAUUUUACAUGGUGACAGUGUUUGGCAUUAAAGAUAAGUGUACG